AUGUUUCCUGACCCCAGACCCACUCUGCUUCCCGGAACUCUGCUUACAGAUGAAGAAGAGGCCUCAGCCCCAGGGACCGCAGAGCCAGUCGCCAGUGGCUCCAACAGCUGGACAUCACCCUCCUGCUCUUCCUGCCCACCCCCCGCCCUUGUUCAAGCCCUCUUGUCCUUUCCUCCCCGUCUUUCCCUUUUCCCUGUUUCCCGUAUCUUCCUUUUCUCCCUAUUCAGAUGGAGUCGUACUCAAUUAAGCAGAGGCCGUAGCUGGUGUCCACGUGGUCGUUUUCAUUUUCUUCUUCUCUUGGCCAGCAGCGCUUGUCUCCACUUCCACGUCCUUGACCACCUGCCCCAGGCGGACUGUCCUUUAUGCCACCGGGUGGCACCAGCGCUGUCACUGGAGUCAUGGUCGCAGGACUUUCCUUGUAGAGGACAUCGCUCACCUGAGAACACAGGCUUGUUACAUGUCCCAAUUACCAUUCUCUUCCUCCCUCAUUUCUGGAUGGGAUUUGACAGCCCAGCCUCUCCCGAAGCUAGAAGCUGCCUUGGAACGAAGGAUGUUACUGAAACUGUUGUGCAGCGUACUGAAAGUGUCCAUAAACAGGGGUUGCGGGGGCCCUUCUUUGUUCCUUCCCAGUUUCUGCUGAUUAGAGUGGAGAUGUGCUGUGUGGAGCUUGAGUCUCCAGCUCAGAUCGUGAGACCCCAGGCUGCACACAAUGGGAGGGGUGUAGCAAGACUCGGUCUGAACCUCCCUCCAGACCAGCCCUGGGCUGACCGCCUGCCCAGUUCUGUUACUCGAGGGAGAAACUCAACUUCUAUCACAUUUGAGCCACUGUUAUUUUUAAAAGAUACAUAUCCAGAGGUACAUUCUAACAUACGGAAUUUAUAA